CUGACGCAUGCUCAGCAAAGAGACCAAAGGUUGUUUACCUCAUGGAGAGUAGAGUACCGAAACAACAAAACUAGCGAAAAUACACUACAUCAAAGUUUUAAUCUGGUUGCUGCAGACAAGUGGCCAAAGAUGAACUGAGUCAACGACUGCAGUACAAAAAUGACUGUUGUGCAGUGACAUUUUUAUACAAUCAACACUUUAUAUUGAGAAGAAAUGGCAGAUUUUCCUGGGAAGGUCAACACUCAGACCACCUCCAGUGAACCUCAGAGAAGUUUUGGAAUCAUGGGAAUGGUUGACAUGGACUUCAUCAAGAGCAUUCCUGGUAUGCUACUUAUAGCUGAGAUUGUUGUUGGAUUACUGGUGUGGGCGUUGAUUGCCAGUACCAGCUACAGCUCGAGUCCUGCUUAUGGUUGGGUGUUGUUUGUCAGCGUAACUCUGUGGCUCCUGAGCAUUGCCCUGUUUGUUGUGCUCUUGCUUAGGUUUUACCAGAGACUACCCGUAGUGCCCUGGCCAUUGGUGCUCAUGGUGUUCUAUGUAGUUGCAGCUGUUCUAUAUGUAACUGCCUUUUUGACUAAUGCAGCAACUGUCCCAGGACGAUGGAGUUUUUGGCAUGGUCAUCUGGGAGCUUCUGCAUUCUUUGCCAUUGUGGUGACCCUGUUAUAUGGAGCUAGCAGCUACUUUGCCUAUUUGGACUGGAGGGGUCAAGGGCAAAACGCGGCGGCGAGUACAGUGCCCGUGUAGACCCUCUUCUGAUGAACACUCUCAUUCACUAUGUGAGGACACUUUGAAGGGGUUAAUGCUCAGAUUUUUUGGCACUGCUGAAAAUCCUCUUCGGGAACGUCUGACAACCCUUCUGUAUAACGGUGGCCAGCGUAAUUGCUAGAUGGUUUAUAACAUGGACAUUUGGACAUGUUUGUAUGCUUAUGUGCUGCAGGCGUGGGCUCAUUAAGGCUUUUUAAAAUAAAUAAUUAAUACUUUUACUCAGCAAGGACGCAUUGAAUUGAUCAAAAGAGACAGUAAAGGCAUUUAUAAUCUUAAAAAGAUUUCUAUUUUUUUUUUUAAAUCUUGUCUUUUGAAUUUCCUAUUCAUCAAAGUGUGCUGAAUGUAAAAUUCCCGAACAAAGGAAAAAAAAAUCAGAUUUAUCUUCAAAGGAAUAAAUACAAUUUUAAAAUGUUAUAACAGUUCAGAGUAUUCAUGUUUUAUUGUAUUUUUGAUCAAAUAAAUGCAGCCUUACUGAGGAUUAAGAUAUGAAAUAAACACAUAAAUCUUACCAGCCCCAACU